AUGCCUCUAUCCGAGGAUUCCUGGCUUCCACAUGGUGUACAAUCUGGCCAACGUUGCCUCCGAAAACGCCGCAUUUUUGGUCGUGUAUUCGGCUUCCAUUCUUCGGAUGAAGAAGACGAAUCAACAUUAGAAGAAACGAACCAACUAAGAAAUCGUCGUGCCCCUUCGGGUGUUCAUUGUUCUGAUGAUGACGGCGAUACCGAUUGCUCUUCAUCAAACGAGGAUUAUUCAGAGGGCGGGGCUUACUUUCCUGGUCCUCUUCUAGAGUCUGAACUACUAGACGGCUUGUCAAACUGGCUGGAUCGUUUAUACGAGGGCUCAUUGCGGCGAUUUCAUGUCGAACAGUGGCCAUUUAACCUCCGCGGCGACAUAAGCUUUUAG